UUUUUAUAACACGGAGGUUAAAAUUUAUUAAUUUUUAUUUAAUAAUGGGUAUUAUCGCAAGUAAUUCAUAUUUGACUGUAUUUAGUGCAGGAACUGUGAUAGGAGCGGCCUCUGCUUAUUUUAUUCUUAAAUUUAGGCAUAAGCCUAAAGAGGAACUCUGGAAAAGUGGCAUGGAAGAGAGAUUUGAGUUUGAGGAUCCCAAAGACGAGUACAGAUUAAUAAUGGGCGUGAGAAACGACCUUAAAAUGCAAAAGGGCAAGGUGGCGGCGCAAUGUGGGCAUGCAGCGGUUGCCGCUUACGCCAGAGCCUUAAAGGAAAAGCCCAAGACCUUAAAGAACUGGUUGAGAUUUGGGGGAACAAAGAUUGCAGUGAGAGUUGACAGUGAAGAGGAGUUACUGGAAUUGGAUAAGCGAGCGAAAAAGCUGGACGUUUUGUCUAGUAUAAUUCGAGACGCUGGACAGACACAAGUUGCUCCCGGAAGUAGAACUGUUAUCGCUAUAGGGCCAGCGCCCAAAAGUGUUUUAGAUGAAAUUACGGGACAUUUAAAAUUGUAUUAGGACGUAUAAAUAAAUUAUUUAAAAAGUAA